GCCACCAUUCACGUGACUCUCAGGCCGGGCGGGCAUAAGCCUCACCUCAAUGAUAUACUUAGUACUUUGAUCUGUGAUCACCUAGUCUGUGGCCUUGCCUUUAAUUUUAGAACUGAUAUGUGCCUAAAGAUUGGAAAUAUGUGCCUUAUGAAGUGAUUGUUACUGUGCCGGAAAGAAUUGUGCGGUGUUGUUGCUGCAUCUACCUCACAUUGACCACCCUCACCUUGCUCUGUCAGGCUCCCGCACUCAAACUCUUCGCAGUGACAGUGUCCGUCAUGGCCGAGCUCAACAAAAGUCUGACGGCGAUGGACUGGUUGCCACGCCUUAACGCCCGUGGUACCUUCACCGGGGGGAUGUGGCUGGAGGGGGGCACCGACCCUCCCGAACUGGUGCAGGCAGACUCCUCCACGCCCCCUUCGCCUCCCACCAACAGCAAGCCACCCUACAGCUACGCCAACCUCAUCACACUGGCGAUCAACAGCAGCAGCCGCCGGAAGAUGACCCUGGCGGAGAUCUACCAAUGGAUCAUGGACAACUUCUCUUACUACCGCCAGGCCUCGUCCGGGUGGAAGAACUCAGUGCGCCAUAACCUGUCAUUAAACAAAUGUUUCAAGAAGGUGCCGCGCACCAAGGAUGACCCGGGUAAGGGCUCCUAUUGGGCCAUCGACACCUCUCACACCGAUGACCCUCUUUCUAAGAGGAAGAAGCAGCCCUGCCCCAGAUUCAACCCGUAUCUGACGAUGAGCAACAACGUCAGAAACGACUCGUACACCACGACGGUCAAUAAGAACAGUGUGAAUACAUCUACGGCGGCGGCGAUGAAAGCUGCAGCUCUAUCGCCAGACGUCCCCCUAAGAACUAGCAGCUCCGUCAUCAACCCCUGGAGUAACCAGACCACCAUCGACCCCUGGACCCAAUCUCAGUCGUUCUGGAACACCAUCCCCGAGGGGUUCGCAGUGGAUGGUCGAUCAGGAGCAAAUAUCCCUAUGGGUAUGGGCAUGAGCGUGGGUAUGGGUGGGAUAGGCGAGGGAGAACCUGCUGGUGUAGACGGUAUCACCAUGAAGGACUGUGAUCUGCAUCUCCUCAAUAACCUCACGCCGGAGUUACUCAGGGAAUACACUGAUCUAUUUACAUCUUCGUCUGUGGUAAAUCAGAGUGCAGUAGGAGGUAUGGGUUUUGUUUCUGGGACAAUACCCAUGUCUGUGCCCAUGCCCACAGUCACGCCCACGUUUACAAUCGUGUCUACUCGAAAUACACCAGUUGACACUGGACCCAUCCCCCUACAAAGUGCAUCAGGAGAGACACUUGAGACAUUAGUGGCAGACCCUUUACUUGUGUCGAAUGCUGUCCCACCCGACGAUGUAUUGAGAUCUCCCCAGCAAGUCAGUAGUCCCGGAGAGCUGCCCCUGGAUGGUAGUUUCAGCUUAAGUGGACAUAGUGACGUGGGAGAGAACAGCACCUCUCUGGGUGCCCUCAGUGAGACAGUGAGUGCUGCUAGCCACGGGUCUGGGGGCACCGUCACCAUCAUGAGACGUGAACGCCAAGUCUCUAGUCCUCAGCAGCUGUCCGAGCCCCUGACUUGCCUCCUGGCUCCAUUGACACCCCCAGGACAAAGUCGUAAUGUGCUUUACACCAAUGCUACAGCUGAAGAUGAUGGGCUAGACGGGGCGCUGGUGUGUGGUCUGGCCGAGGAUAUGGAGGCCAUACAGGUAGGUCUCAUCACUGGUUCAGGUCCGCACUCUGACGACGAGGAAAUCACCGAUGAUUUUAACUGGGACAAACUCCUCUAACCCAGUUUUUGUGACCCGUUGGGGAAUUUAUCUCGGCCACAGACAAUUUAAAAGUAGGAGUUUACGGGGGAAACAAACUUUACUCCUGAUUGGAAUAUGAAAUUAUUGGCUCAGAUUGGAAGUUCUUCAGAGUUAUGAGCAUUUGUGUUUUGGUGGCAACCUACAGUAAAAGGGUCACAAAAUCAGUUAUUUUAUUCAUAAAACUAGGUUAAGAUGUUUAUGUUCUGGUAUGCAUGAUGUUUCCUGGUCAGUCUUAUGACAAAGUUUCUUUACGUCAUGGUACUCAUACCUCGGAUAUAUAUAUAUAUAUAUAUAUAUAUUAUUUCUUCUCAUUUAAGACUGUUAAUUGUAAGAGUUGAUAUUUAAAUAGUUUUAUAUAAUUUAUGAACAAAUCUAUAUUCCGCAUAUUUUUCACUGUUUUAUGGUACAAUAUACGGUGUUGUAUAUAAACUCUUUAUAUUAUUAUAAUGUGUGCAACAAAUGUCCAAUAAUAAGAUUGUUAUUUCUUGUUAAUACUAUGUGAAUAAUGUGUUCAAAGCUGGAGACCCUAAUGCUAUAUUUAUACGAAAAUCUACUAUCUAACCCACCCUGCAAUAAUUGUGUGAAGUGCCACAAUAGACCUGACCUCUCCUCACCCUGGCGUGCCUUCCCCAAACAUAAUAAUUAGUGCUAUGAUAGAUUCUGUUUGGGUCUAUAGAUGAGUCUUGUGGCGUUGUCUUCAGUGCAGUUUAUGUUCUGUGAAGACUACAGGGAACCGUUAGCUAAACCCGCAACUCCUUAUGACUGCCAGUCGUUCAAACACUUACUACUUUACAGUUUUGGUGGUAUGUAAAUUAGUAUUUUGUUCUGCCAAUAUUUUAUAUGAUUUUCCCCUGUACUUACUACAUGAUAUCUGAUGCGUCCAUAGCACUGUGCAAGUGCAACAUUAGGAGGAGUUUUGGUGGUCUUGUAGCUUGACAGUUACAUAUCAAGCAGGUAAACCAAAAGAAUCACACCCAGCCAUCACAUUAUCAAACCUGCUAAAAAACUACCUCUUGUGUUUUCUGCUUUUUCACGGGUUAGCAAAGAACCGGAAAGUUUAUAUAACUUUGGGAAUUAACUAAAAAAAUGUGGUUUUACGUAUAGCAGUUAUCUUUCAAAAUAUGUUGGAGAAUGCAACGUGUUACCUGAGUCUGUCCAUAACCGAGAAAUUCCUCGUAAUGUAGUAAUAGAGUCUAAUGUACUCUUACUGUAGAGUCUAAUGAACCUUUCACAAGUUAAUAGUUGUAUAUAAACUAACAGUGAGGGGCACCGGGCUAACGUUAUACUCUGUAGAUAUGUCGAGUAAUGAUGUUUCAGCUGGUCUUCAUAACUCUUGGAACUAAUCUAAAAAGACCAUAGGUAUCUCCUUGUCUGGAAUCUGGAUAGUUACAGACCAUUGUUUUUAGGCAUAUCUUUCUUAUACCAGUUGCCGAUCCAUAGAGGUUCUGAGAGUUGAUAGUUUCCCAACAAGACAGUUUUAGGCCCGAAUUCGGAACGGUGGUUUGAGCCUGGGAUUUGAGCUUGGCUCAGGCGUGCAAAUCGGAAUUCCUUGAUCAGAGAGUUCCUGUAGCGGAUUACCCAUAUUCAGAACAUCGGCUUGAACCCUGGAUAGGGUAAUUUGUUACAUUGUUUUCUAUUACGAGCAAGGAUUCGAACACUGAAAUCCCAGCCAAUCACGUUUCAGUUACAUCAUUAUGACAACCAAUCACCAUCGAGAGUAAUGUUUAAAAGAUUAUGGUGGUGACUAUGACUCGACGAGUUUUUACGGAGGAGAAAUCUCUCCUUGCACAUCAUAAGUUAUUUAUAGUACUAUAAUUACAAUCAAAUUAUGAUCAAAUUAUAAUGAUUUAUGGUACUGUUACAACGUGCUUUGUUGUUAUAUGAUAACAAAGAAAUUAACAGAGGAAGAAUUAUGACAAACAAAUUAUAGAUAUAAUCCGGGACAGGUGUCAAUAUUCAUCACCAAAGAUGAAUCAUUCCAAGGUGUAGUACCCUGGCUUGGUUCUGUUCGGGGCUGAGAUACAAAUAAAAUUAUCCAUGAAGUAUGGUAAUUAGGUUUGCCAAAGCGGACCACGUACGAGUGGAUUGAAAUGUUAAAAAAAUAAAAUAAAACAUCCUUUUAUCGACUCAGAUCGUUCAGAAAAGCAGUCCACAUCAACCACUGAUAUUAAAACCGAACAAAUGUGUGCGAUAGUUCUCGACGACAGGAGAGGAAUGAUCGAUCAAGUCGAAGACACAUUGGAGUAGCCGUGUUUCUGCAUAUGCAACACUCAACAGGCCCUAAAUCCACUACGUUUGUACAAAAUGGGUUCCCAAAUAAAGUACAGCUGUUUGGACAUGACGUGUCCUUAAAAGAAUUUCAGUACUUAGACAUUAGCUGGUAAAAUUAUACGAAUACCUACAAUAUUCUGGGAUUCCCUUGAACCAACAAAGUGAAAAGUUUAGCAGCUUUCUGCGAAACAGUCAAUUCGGACAAAAUGCAGUGGAAAGCCUAUUACGACCUCUGAAAGUAGCUUUGAGAGGCUGUCGAUAUACCAAGGGCGACAGGACGAAGGCAGUGCAAGCGUGGUUCUGCCGGACCAAGUGUGGUGAAAAAAUGAGACCUUUUCCAAUCUUGUAAAAUGCAAAAUAAAUAUGAAACAUUGUGGAUAGUUUCGGGCUCCAUCUUCUGUGGUCUCCUGAAUGUGGUUGUUAUUGUUUGUCUCGUUUGAUUUUCAGGUCUUGGUAGUUGCUAUAUACCUUGACCCUUUCUCUGAGACCACGAAGUUAUCUCGUAAGUGGGUUGGUCUCUGUGAAUAUUCUGAAAGUCCUGUAGGACAGGUACGGUUUCCCCUUGUCAGUCUCUGGGUCCUGUAGUUCAUAUUUACUUUGAUCUGUCUCUGGGUCUUCAAGUCCUUCUUCUCUUGUGUAUUGGAUGAACCUGGUAGUUUUCAACCCCUGUAGUCAUCGUAUGGUUGGUCGCUGAUUGUGUGUUUCGUUUCCUGAUCGACUGAUAGACGUCUUCUUGGCCGUGUGCUUAGUACUCGACCACCACCACACCCAACUCCUACACACUUAUCUCGGCCGCUCUGCUAUGCAAAGUUUCAUCUAAUACUUUCUAUCCCCUCUGCGGUCAUUUAGUUUAACUUACCGAUCCAACUAUCCAUAUUUGAGCGAUAAUUUUAAAUCUUACAUCCUCACGUCAGUGGAGGGGAGGGGAGGUUGGUCCACACAGUCACUGGUUGACUGUUUUAUCUAGAAAAUAAUAAUAAUAAUUGAACUUUUUGACAAUUAUCAUGAGUGUUAUGGUCCAGCUGUGUACCAAGUCAGCAUGUGAACCAUGGAUGCUGGCAUGUAGUGGUUCACUGCGACGUGUCUGCAGGUUGUGUCAGAAGUGCCCAAGUAUUAUAUUAACAGACUCAUGUGCCUAAUGUCGUGUGCCUUGUUCUCAAUAAACCAAUAUUAUGAUAAA